AUUUUCUAAAUUAUUCUUUGGUCCAAUAAAAGUCCUCCUAUAAGCUUAAUAGACUUUUGAGAAAAAAAAAGGGUAUUUUACUUCCUACUCGACUACUUCUAGUCUAACUUCCUGCUAAGCCUCAGAUGUAUUCUUUCAAGCAGCAGUGAUGACUGCUCUGGCUCUUCUGCUUCUUUUCCUCCUGAUGGAUUCAGAUGAAGCAAAAGGUUCUGAACUGUUUAUACAGCAAGGAAAGGACCUGCUUCUGAAGGUCAACGGGUCUGUUGAACUCACAGAAGAACGUGACUUGAUCUGGAUGUACAACAAUUCCAAAGUGGCAAAAUUCUGUUACGAACAAAAACCAGUUAUAUUUGGCUCUUACAAGGAAAGGGUGAUUGUAGAAAAUUUUUCUCUGACCUUAAAGAAUGUUCAGCUCACUGACAAUGGCCUCUAUAAAGCAGUUGAAAGUAGUUCAAUUGAUCGCACAAAUGCUGAAUACAGCCUCACAGUCCAAGAUCCAGUGUCUCCAGUGAUUCUAACAGUGACUGGCAGCAGCUCUAACUCCUCCGCCUGUGAAUCUACCGUUAUUUGCAGAACGGUGGACAACAAGAUCAAAAAAACCUUUGUGUGCAACACACAAACCUGCUCUGGGGUGGGGAAGGCCCAUGCAACUAUCAGCUCUUCCUCUCUAAAUGUCUACAUACACGAGGAACACAUCAUCUGUAACCAUAGCAACCAAGUGAGCUGGGAACAAAACAAGACACAGAUCAGCACAGUUUGUUGGGAAGGACCAGUGAAUGGAGUCCAGACAAUAGCGGUCAGUGCAGCAGCUGUUGGUGGGGCCAUUCUUCUUCUGUGCAUCAUCUGCCUUGUUGUAAGAU